AUGGCAAACGACGGACUAAAGCACGUGGUACAUCGCAGAGUGCACCUGGAAAGGUCGCAGCCGGAACACCGUAAAAGGAAAGUGGGCCAGUAUUUAGAGAAGAAAGCAGACUACAAGAAGAGGUCGGAAAGAUACCACGUGAGAGAGAAGCUGAUAAAGGAGCUCUCGGCGAAAACGAGGUUCAGAAACGAAGAUGAGUUCAACUUUAAAAUGAUCCACGGGAAAAUAGGAUCGGAAGGCCAAGUGAUACUGGAGUCGGAAGAGUCUGCAAGGAAGAGGAAACUCACGGAAAAGGGAAAGGUGAGGAGCGAGCUGAAUAAAAUAGACACGAACAUGUUCGUGGUAAACCACAAGCAGAACGUGGUGAACAAGAGGCUGGAGAGAAUGAUAACGAGUAACGUGGGACUGGUGAGCAAGAAGAAGUCGCCAGUGGCGGUCACGGUCUCGGGGGGUGCGAACGGUGGAAGGGCCGCGAAAAGGGAGCACAUACUCUACGAGUCGAGCGACUCGGAAUCUGAACACGCCACCAGUGCUGGUGCUACUGGCACCAGCACUGGUGGAUCUGCUACUUCCAGCCGUACCAGAAGUGGCGGCAACACUGCCAAAGGUGCCCCUGGUGACCAGCAUGAGCACCUGUUUGAGUUGUCGCACAUGUUUAACAGUAAAAAGGACCUAGAUGCGCUCAGGGCUAAGCUGGAGGAUAGGCGCAACCUCACAGUGGCCAAGCACAAGAGGAGGCAGGUGAGAAAGGUGCGGAACAGCCAGGCGCGGAUGCACGAGUAUCCGACGGAAAGGUUAAAGUAG